UGAGUUGGGAAGACCUCCAAGUGAAGCUGAAAUGUUUAUUGAGACCCGUAAAAAGAAGAUAAAUCCACAAGGAGAGAAAACAAUCAAUUUGAUAGGUGCUUUAGAAGAACUCAAAUCUCAAGAUGAAGCUGAUGAUGCAUGGGAUUUAGUCAAGAAAGAUGAACAUCCUGGACGUGUACGUCUUAGGGGGAGGGGUGUCACUAAAACCAUGCUCCAAAAUAAAAAUAAAAAGAUCAUGGAUCCCUCUGAGCAAGUUCCAGAAUCUGUUGUUCAAACUAUAUCACAAAAAGUUGAGCAAGAGUUGACAAAAAAGUUUGAAGAGCAGAAGGCAGAUUUGGUUCAUGGUUUCGCCGAGCUCUUGACUGAAAUACUUGGGCAAACAAUUGAUCCGGCGGCUAUUGCAAGGCUUAUUGCACGCACAAGAUCACCUGAGCAAGGUGGUAGUGCUCGAAAUCAUGAUCAUCCUCGCUCAUCUGCAAGCAGCCAUCAGCCACGAAAUGAGGAAAACAUCUGAAGAUCCAUGCUUGUCGCUCUUUGGGGGAUUUAUUUGUUGUGAAGAUUUAGAACUUAAUCGUCUCAAUAGAGACAUUUUGACCUUUUGAUUAAGUAGUAGCUCUUUGUUUUAAUCAUGGAGGAUUUGUGAUAUGUGCUUAAUUUGGUAAGUUUGUGUGUAAAACUUGUGAAGAAUUAUCUCAAUCCUAUUGCUAUAAUAUUGUUCUUCGUUGUAAUGAAUUGUUCAUUAUAUUAAGGCUAAAGUUUGGUUA